CCGUGUUAUUUCAAGGGUUGGCAUGGCAACGGAAUACAACCUGAGCGAGUUACAAAGCUAGUGCUGAAUGAGUAACGUUUCUUCACUAUAAAAUAAUUUUAAAUUAUUAAUAAUUUCAAUUCAUUAUUUGUUUUUGUUCUGGGUUUGAAAAAUUGAAAUAGUUUCCCACUGAAAAGAUGAGAAAACGAGUUGAGAAAUCCUCCAAAGAAAAAGUGGACAAGGUGGAUUCUGGGUUUGAGGAGGAACCAUCCAAAACUGCAGAUGAUUACCAGUGUUCAGGAAAUCUGGAGUUGGACUUCACAGAACUGUGUAAGCUCUUGGGUGUGAAAAAGAUCCCCUCUGUCAAGAUGAAACAGUCAAAAUCUGUGAUGGAACACAAUCAAUCUCAGACAUACUUAGAUAGCCAAAUGACAACAUGGUCCUCUGAGCCCUGCCUCGAGAUAGAGCUGGACAAUGAAGACCAUGACAGCGUAAAAGCAGUCAAGAUAUCUGGAUGGAAGGUGGAUGAGAUGAUGCUGCAGGUGCUGAGCAGGACAUUGCCAUCCCUCAGUAAUUUCCAGUGCUUACACAUGUGGCGUGUAGGCCUGACGGAUUGCACUUUUGCCUCCUUGAGAAACACAGUGUCUCUGUGCUCAAAUCUCAGGAAAGUGGUUUUGGAUGGCAAUCCACUCCCUGAGCAGAGUUACCACUUACUCAUAGGGGAGGACAGCAUGCUGACAGACUUGUCACUACGUAACAGUCGUAUAGGAGAGGAAGGAGCUCGUCUGAUUGGCUCGGCUCUGUCCACUGUACACGCUGCCAAUAAAAACCUCCUGUCACUCAACCUGGCCUUUAAUAGCAUUGGUGAUGCGGGUGCAAAUCACAUUGCUCAGGGUCUGCGUCUCAACCGUUCCUUGCUAUGUCUGUCCUUAUCCUACAAUCAAAUAGGAGAUGAUGGAGCAGCUCAUUUGGCUGAGGUGCUUGGCCCCUUUGCUCUGACGCAUGAGGAGAUAGUUGAGAGAAGGAAGCUGUUAAUUAAAGGUGAACAAUCAAUGAUCCAGCCGUCUCUGGUUAGUCUUGCAGACUUGCAUGAGCAGCCUCUUUCCGUCCGGAGCAGCUCUUCACUGGAUCGCCUCAACAAGAGUGCAAAGAACACCACCAAAAAGAAGGACAACCCUAAAAAAGAGGAGAAACCAGCACCAGGUCAGGCAGCCAAGAAAGAGGAUCCAAAGGUGGCCAAGAAAGAUGAUAAAGUUCCCCGUAGUCAGGCCGGAAAAAUAGGAGGCAAAGACAAGAAUCUGCCAGUGUCUGAACAAGAGACAGUGGAGGUUGUUGAGACUGUGAUUCCUCUCUUGGAUCCUGGAAUUGUGCACACUGGAGGGAAAGUCAUUCAUCCGGGAAACACAUGCCUUACCUCUCUGAAUCUCUCAGGAAAUAAACUGACUGAGCAGUCGCUCAAGCUGUUCCUCUCAUCUUUGGAAGGCCAGGGUGAAAGUGGACUUCUGCGUCUUUCUCUCAAUAGGAAUCAGUUUCCGUCAGAUUGUGACAGCUUCCUGAAGAUACAGGAAAUGAUGUCUCUCAAGGACCCUCUAAACAAAAACAACACUGGUCAGGUGGAGGAUGAACAUGGUGAACCAAAGACCACCAGUGCAGCUUAAUAAUGUAAAUGACAAGAAAAUAAAUGUUAACAUAAGAAAUGACUGCCCCAACUCAACUAUAUCAAUAUUUCAUGGUUCCAUAAUGUUAAUCUUCUGAUUUUUUUUUUUUUUUUUUUUUAAGUUUUGCUAAAUUGUAUUUUCAUAUACACUGAGCAUAAAGGGCUCUAGAUGCGGUUAAAUAUUAGUUUGUUUAACAUUUUGGUCACUACACGCUAUUUCAUUGUUUUGAUAACUUUUUUAACGUUCUAAAAUGUGGAAAAUAUGCAGGCUUACUGAAAAACCGGGUAUUGGUUUAAAUGUACAUUUUACUUUGUAUUUCUGCUAUAUUUCAGCACAUUUUAACUUAAGAAUUAUUUACGUUUUACCAUUUUUCAUUGUCAUUGUAUCAUAUGCUACAUGUUUAUGAAAAUAAAGCAAGUCCACAUAA